AUGCCUGCUUUCUCGCACCUGAUCCGCUUCCUGGCCAAAGACGGCCAAGUCUACUACGGCGAUGCCAUCCUCCCUCCCGGCGUGACUGACAUCGCCAAAGCGACACAAGCCAGAGUGAUCAAGGGUGACAUUUUCGGACAACAUCAAGUCACGCACCAAACAGCUGAGGUGAAAUUGCUUCUGGCCCCUCUGGCAAGAGAAGACAUCGGCACCGUGCGUGGUCUAGGGUUGAACUAUGAGCAGCAUGCGAAGGAGUCCAACCUGCCCAUCCCCAAGUACCCUGUGCUCUUCUACAAGCCCGUCACCUCAAUCGGGGGUCCUACCGACGACAUCCCUGUGCCUUACUUGGUGCAAGGUGAUGAGGGACUGGACUACGAGUGUGAGCUGGUUAUUGUCAUUGGCAAGCUGGCCAAGGACGUGCCUGAGAACCGGGCUUUGGACUAUGUGCUUGGUUAUGCGGUGGGUAAUGACGUCUCGCACCGGGACUGGCAGAUCAAGCGUGGAGGAGGGCAGUGGGCCCUGGGUAAGAGUUUCGAUGGCUGGGCACCCUUUGGGCCCGGUAUCGUGACCACGGAUGUAAUCCGCGAUCCCAAUGCUUUGAUGAUCUCUACCAAACUGAAUGGCCAAACUGUCCAGCGUUCGUCGACCAAGGAUAUGAUCUUUCAUGUGGCUCAAACCGUGUCAUUCUUGUCCAAGGGGACGACUUUGUUGCCCGGAGAUCUGAUUUUCACCGGAACACCCCAAGGAGUGGGCAUGGGCCGUAAGCCCCAACUUUGGUUAAAGGAUGGAGACCAGGUUGAGGUUUCGCUUGACAAUGUAGGAUCGUGCGUCAACAAGGUCGUCUACGAAAAGCCAUCGCCUAAGCUUUAG